UUUACAGUAGCCAGCGUGAGGAAGUGUCAGUCAUGGACAUGUUGCACUUUUACCAGUGGAUCGACAUCAAAAGUAUUUUGAUAUUUUUGUGUGUGUUUUUGUUACUAAGUGACUAUAUUAAAAAUAAAACGCCGAAAAACUUUCCUCCUGGACCCUGGUCUUUACCGAUUAUAGGAGACCUUCAUCAUCUCGAUCCAAGCAAGUUUCAUCUGCAGUUAUCAGAGUUUGCAGAAAAAUAUGGCAAGAUUUUCAGCCUUAGACUUUUUGGACCAAGAAUUGUUGUGUUAAAUGGAUAUAACUUAGUGAAGGAAGUGUACACACAAGAGGGUGACAACCUCGCUGAUCGAGCCAUUUUACCCUUAUUUCAUGACAUUAUUGGAGACAGAGGUUUAGUGGCUUCCAGUGGAUAUAAAUGGAAGCAGCAGAGGAGAUUUGCACUCUCAACACUUCGAAACUUCGGUUUGGGAAAGAAAAACUUGGAGCCAUCCAUCAAUCUCGAAAGUGGCUUUCUGAAUGAGGCCAUUUCAAGUGAACAAAGUCGACCCUUUGACCCUCGCUUACUUCUAAACAACGCUGUCUCAAAUGUGAUCUGUGCACUUGUGUUUGGUAAUCGCUUUGACUACAGUGACCAUAAAUUCCAGACACUGCUAAAGAACAUCAAUGAGACUGUGCAUCUGGAAGGAGGCGUCUGCGCUCAACUUUAUAACAUGUUGCCAUGGCUCAUGCGAUUGCUGCCCGGACCACACAAAAGGAUUAUUGCUCUGUGGGGGAAGUUGAUUGACUUUGUUCGAGAGAGGGUGAAUGAACACAGAGUGGAUCAUGAUCCAUUGAAUCCUCGAGACUAUAUUGACUGCUUUCUAGCUGAGAUGGAGAAACUUAAAGACGACGCAGCUGCAGGGUUUGAUGUGGAGAACUUGUGCAUCUGUACUCUGGAUCUGUUUGUAGCAGGAACUGAGACCACCUCCACCACUCUGUAUUGGGGUCUUCUCUACAUGAUGAAAUAUCCUGAGAUUCAAGCUAAAGUUCAGGAGGAGAUUGAUGCUGUUGUUGGAGGCUCACGGCAGCCAUCUUUAUCAGACAGAGACGACAUGCCCUACACCAAUGCUGUCAUUCAUGAGAUACAGAGGAUGGGAAAUAUUAUCCCAAUAAAUCUGGCCAGGACUACUUCAGAAGAUACUCAGAUAGGACAAUACUCUAUUCCAAAGGGCACAAUGGUGACCAGUAAUUUGACAUCAGUGCUGUUUGAUGAGUCUGAGUGGGAGACGCCUCACUCUUUUAACCCGGGUCACUUCCUGAAUGCUGAGGGCAAAUUCAGGAGGAGAGAUGCCUUUUUACCUUUUUCUCUGGGAAAGAGAGUGUGUCUUGGGGAGCAGUUGGCGAGGAUGGAGCUCUUCCUCUUCUUCUCCUCUCUGCUGCAGCGCUUCACUUUCUCUCCCCCAGCAGGUGUGGAGCCCAGCUUGGAUUAUAAUCUUGGGGCCACUCACUGUCCUCAGCCAUAUAAACUGUGUGCAGUGCCACGCUAAAUCAAGCAACGUAAAACAAAGUUAAAAAGUAAAGUGAAGUAAAAUAAAAUGGUCUAGUCUACUUGAUAUAUAGUAUUUAUUAUUAAUCUAUAUUAGUAUUGACUAUUGAUAUAUAUAUAUAAUUUAUUAUAAUGCAAUUGUGUGUAAAAAGUAGAAUUUACCCAGACUAGUCCUGUCUAGUCUUUGAAUUUCAGAAGCGUUUUGGCUGAGGUCUAGUUAUUAAUUUAGUAAUACAUAAACACUUUACACAGUUUUAACACAUUUUUCAAAUCGUAAAUAAAUCUAAAUGUUUAUCUAUCUUAUGGAAUCCAAAUUCUGAUCAUUGGUCUUUUAUCGCCAUCUACUGUUGACUGUUGCAAACAACGUAAUCUGUACCAGUGGGACCUCUAUUCUGAAUAAAUAGAUAACUUACUGUACCGUAGAUUGUAUGCAUUUUACAUACAAAUAAACAAAAUUGAAAGCAGCCGAGGAUGUAUGUGAUCUUAAAGUGUUAUAAUGUUAGGGGACAUUCUACCAGAAAUGUGCAUUAUCUGUGCCUGAAAUAAAAACAUAAAUACAGUGAAUAAAAAGGGUUUCAUCCCAAAAAUGUCUAAAAUAGACUGAUGGUUGAUUCUGUGUUGUUCUGUAAAGGAGUAUGUCAUUCAUUUGAUUCUCAGAUAUUUUUUUUCUU